UGCUCUCGUAAUCCCUACAGUGCACAAGCCAUAUAUACACCAUCAUCGAACCAACCAACCAAGAAAUCAGCCAACCAUCACACAUUCGCAAAAAUUUUGCAAACUUGUACUCUCAUCAAGUGUUUCGAAAUCUGAGAAAUUUAGGCUAUUCGCACUGCAGCAAAAUCUGAAAACUCUACAGCUUUUUCUCGAAUGUAGGACACAAAGUCUGAUCUGGAUAUCGUGAACUGGAUACAUCAACAAAUUUUGUUUGAAUCCUUAUCCUUACCACCCUUCACCCUUUUUGUAAUAUUACUGAAGUUCGUUCUCGUCCACGCUACUAACAAAAAUGGCUCCUAAAACAACGAAUCGGACUCUGCGCUGAUUAUUAUUAUGGACGGAGAUACAUUUGUCCCGUUUAGGAUUAGAGAAGGCGAUUUAAAAGAAGGAAGAGGUAGAGACCAACAACAAGACGAACAUAGUCCGAAUUUUGCUGCUGAAUUUCCUUCUGUUUCGACAUCAACGGUUGACCCGUGGUUACCUGUAUCGUCUUCGUCUACGGGGGAGGGAGUGUCUUCAACAUCGCCCAAGGCGACACAGGAGGUGAGGGACGAGGAAGAGGUUGAAAGUUCAGACAACGUGACCCACUGGUUGGAGGGAGUUCAACCUGGAGAUAGUGGAUUCGCUCAAGAUCAAGAGGAAGAUAUGUCGCCACCUGCAACAAGCGGAACUAUGGGCGGAGAUGGAGACCAUGCCGUAACGCCAAAGUGUCCAUGCCCUCAUAUCUCCAAGGCACAGAGUAUGCCUGGAUUGAGAAAGGCAUUGAGGGGCGAUAUUAAAAUAGCAUGUUCUAAGGCCACUUGUGAAGCUCUUAAUGCUAAACAAUGGAUGUGCCUUCAAUGUGGUCAUAUCGGAUGUGGUGAUGAUAUUGGUGCAGGUGGUCAUGCAAAACUACACUUGAAAACUCCACGGUCGGAUUCUCACUGCCUGGCAGUGCAGGUGCAAGGGAAUUUUGAAACUGCGUGGUGCUACGACUGCCAAGCGGAGAUUAAUAUGUCGACUUCGCAUCAACUCAAGGAUUGUCUUAGCUUUGUAAAACGCAAUUCUAAGAUUAAAUCAGCGUUGACAGAAUCGAAUGCUGCUCCCCCAAUUGCGUUGGGCCCUCCCCCUCCUCCUCCAGUUCCAAAAGUUGAACCUCCGAAACAAUUUACAUCAAAGGCAAAACAGAACAACCGGAUGAAUGCAAAUUCGUCUGGUUCCAAUCGAUGGGAUAGAGAUAGAGAUACUGGAGGUGUAGAUUGGCCCAUGGGCUUGGAUAACUUGGGAAAUACUUGCUUCAUGAAUUCGGCACUGCAAUGCUUAUCACGGACUCGACCACGAAGUUUGCUCGACAAGCUGGACUUGUACGGAAGUGGAAACUUAAUUGAAAUUCUAGUGUCCCCCGAAGAACCCUGUGUUCAAAUUGUGAAUCCAAACGUCGAGUCCAAUGAGCACGAGGACGCAGAGUUCUCAUCCGACAACGACAGAGCAUUGUUGAUUAAUUCUGGAUCCCAGCCCAGCACUAGUGCCGAUUCUUCUGAAGGUGGUAGUGGUGAAAUCAGCCCCUCGACUACAGAAAUUGACAGUUUGUUGGAUGCCGCGAGCAGUAGGUCGUCCCGAAAAUCUGAAUCGGACACAAGUAGUGGCGACUCUGAAAAGCAACUAUGGAAGAAGGAAUUGGAGCAGGAACUAGCCAAACCACUUCGGCUAAGGCUAAUUAUUCCAAAGGAUAGCAUGACCUCAAAACUACGUCACUGUUUUAAAGCUAUUACCAGGAGUUCAGAUGUGUCGCCAGACAGCGAGAAAAGUACCUCAUAUUCUCGUUCUGUAUAUAGUCCUCGAGGUAUCCAAACCGCUGUGAGUAAGCAUUUUCGAUUGGGACAUCAGCAUGAUUCCCACGAACUGUUGAGAACCGUGGUGGACAUGAUGAAAAAAGACCAAAUAAAGUCCUUCCGGUUGGCAAUUAUGCAGCGCUACGGAGUAAAAAGAAACGAAGGAAAGAAUUGCGAUCCUAAAUUGACAGAAUUGUUAAAAAUGUGGGAUCGAAAAUUGUACCACAAGACUUUCGUAGAUGAGAUUUUUGGAGGCGAACUUGUAACAUUUCAGGAGUGUUUGCGAUGUAGAAAUGUGAGAAGAUCUCAUGAAGAAUUUCUUGAUCUUAGUCUUCCUAUUCGUGUUUUUCGCGUGAAUCCUAACCCAAACCCAAGAAAGACUUAUUCGUUAUUCGACGACGACAAUGACUACGUCAUUAAUCGAUCCGUCGAAGAGUGCCUUCGUGCUUACACGGAACCCGAGUUUUUAAACGGUUCAAACGCCGUCGAGUGUGAAAAAUGUCAUCGAGUAAACCUAGAUAAGUUGGAAAGUGGAGCUUCGUUUGAAGAAGUUUUUCCUGACGUGAACCUAAACGCACAAUCAAAUUCCUCAGGAAACUCUGGCAAAAUGAGUAAGCAUCAAAUGAAGAAACAACAAACUAAAACUAAGCGCCAAAGUCGCCAAUCGAAAUUGAAGGCGAAGCAUCAAGUAGAUUUUACAAAUCAAUCAACAAGUUCGAGCUCAGAGAAUCCAUCUGGACUCAAUUUUGUGGAUGGUCAUUUUACUAGUGACACGUAUAAAUCCUCUGAGAAAGGAGGAGGAGGUAAUGGCCCAGAAGAUGACUCAAAGUCGAGCAAAAGUGGAAGCCUCGAUGAUUACGUUGUUGUUCAAAAUGCUUCCACUUUAAACAAUAACAACCAAUCACAACGUCUUCAGAAGAAUACCAAUCAUGACGUCGAAAUGGAUUACGAUGCUCCAGAUGCCACUCAGCAAGAUGAUGACACAUCCAAACUUGGGGAAGCAUCUAACUUGUCACGUGGUUUGUCAUCAUCUAUAAAAAGCUUAACUUUGAUUGAAAAUGGAAUGGAUGUCGAAGAAGAAGGUUGUCUUCAACCUGAAGAAGAUGAUGAUCAACAAAUGGACCAUCAUAAUGAUCAAAAUCUGGACGAGUAUAUGGACGAUUUAGAUGAACCAGCAGUAGAUGGAAUUGGAAAUGCGUCCGACAUUGAAGACGAUGAAAGUAAUGGACCAGCUCCACUCGAUCUCGGACUAGAGGUUAAGCCCAUCAGCGUUGCGGACUAUCUGGCUGUCCCGACAAUUAGUGGUGGCAUUGCUGAUGAAGGAUUCUCGGAAGGAGAGAAUUCGUCCGAGGAUAAGCCUUCUCAGUCCCUGUCCGGUGCAUCGAGCCAUAAUUCAAUAUCUGAAGUUGAUAACAUUGCCGACACUUGUGACAACAAGCCGCCAAAGAAAAUCCCUAUAACUAAAUGCCCUUGUAGUCGUCGUCAAUUAAUUUCUCGAGCUCCUGAAUGUCUGACCCUUCAUUUGAAGCGAUUUCAACAUACGGCGCGAGGCAGUUCAAAGUUGAGCGAUAAAGUAUCGUUCCCUUAUUUACUAAAUCUGACUGAAUUUUGUUCGGAAGUUGACGAAGAUGUGAACAAGCCAGGAUUCAAAAGCACGUUUGAUGAAGACGGUGAAGUUUUUUAUUCCUUGUACGGAAUUGUAGAACACAGUGGUUCUCUGCAUUUUGGGCACUAUGUUGCCUACGUUAAAGUUGCUGGAAAACCAACCACUACCGAGUCACCUAAUGCCAACCCUGCAGAUGAUCAUUGGUUCUACAUCAGUGAUUCGCACGUGUCUCAAACAACGUUGAAACAAACAUUGGCCCAAGACGCGUACAUUCUUUUUUAUGAACGGAUUCGUGGCCCAGAAAAGAAGGAACGGUUAGGUCGAGAAUUAAGAGCGAUUGAAUUGGAACGUGAUUCUUGGACAAAAAGACCCACUGUCACUUACAGUUACGAAAAACCUGUCGCUUCAACAUCCAACUGGGAUGACAAUCAGCAAAAAUCAACAACCAAAUGGGAAGAUUCAUCUUCUAAUCAUCAAGUUUCCAGCACCAACGAUGGUAAUGAAGAUAUGAGCAUAACCCUCAACUAUGAACCUGACCCGGUUUCCUCAUCAACAAUUUACUCUUGCGCUCCCCUACUUGAUGGGGUCAGUAGUACGACUGGUGCUGACAUUAUGGACUUUUCGGCUACAGUCCUUACCACAGCUCCGUCGUCUUCUUCACAUCCUCUUUGGAAUGAUGAUGACAUUCGUGGUGGAAGUGCAUUCUUUGGUGACAUCAUGGCCGAUUUAGACGACGAAGAGCAAGAAGGAACUUUAAACAGUAAUAACAAUCCCGUUUCAAGUAGUUCUGAUGUGAUAAAUUCCCGGCCAGAUGGGUACACAAGAUUAGAGGAAAUUGAUUAACACUUUAUUAGUAUGAUUAUUAUAAAUAAACGUUACAAAAAGUCAUAAAGAUUACUCAUAAAAGAAGUGAUAAGAAGCGAGUGGUAUUAGCUCUAGUAAAAUUAACUAUCUUUAUCUUUGAAUGAUACCUAUAGUUAUAUUUAGAAUAUAUUCAAAUAUAUGUAUCGCAAUUGAGUUUACAAACGUUAAAAAUUAGCUCGUCUUAUUGAGAAUCAUAAACAAAUGUUACAAUAUGUAACUGAACACAAUUACUAUUUGCCAGACGCACUAAACUGACAUGACCGUGUGCGUUGAUCUAAUAUUUCUAUUACAUUUUUUGCAGUUGUGUAUUUAAAGCCGAAACAAACAAACAAAUUUAAUAUUAUUACUACUACAACAAUUUGAAUUGUCUAAAUAAUAAUCACACAUGCAUGUGGAGGAGGUAGCUGAUCUUGCAUGCUUAUGUAUAUCAUGCAUUGUAAAUAUAUUAUGAUUAAUUGGAGGUGUCGUUUACAUGUGAUAAUAAUAAAACGGCAAUUAAAAUUCUACUUUCCUUGGCUUAA